CCGUUUCGAAAAUGCUAGCAUCCAUGGAUUUCAAGACGAGGGAAUUGUCUAUGAAGUGUCACCUAGCAUUAUAGUUAUGGAGCACAUUCAGAACCUAAACUGUAUUAUAGUCAUCGCAAAUUCACCAGUCGCAUCACCAACUUGAUCGCCAAGUCAACAACGACGACGUCAAUGGCUACAGCACAACUAUCGGGCCACGGACAGAGCGUCUUCGGCAGGCAGCUCGUUCGGACAACACUGGCUGGCGUUCCAUCUACGGGAAUCGUACUAUCUUUCCUCUAUCAAACAAAGACUAUCACACGACAGUACGCUACGGAUCGCGAUGAGCCAGAUCGUCAACAAACAGACGGAGAAGCUUUACGCCGCACAUCACCCAGGGCAUUUGCACCGUUCAAAGGCCCGUCUGAGCGGGUGCUGCAGGCGGAACCCAACACCGACAUCCUCACGACCCGAGAAGAGACUGAGAAACUACUCUCUCGAAAGGCACCAUACCCUCUCGCCCGCAAUCGAGGCCGCCGAUCAGGACCAUUGGGAGAAUUGCGGCCGACUCAUUACAAACAUGGAGGUUCAGGACAUUCUGCGAUGGGUGCGAGGAGGGCCGGCAUUGUUGAAAACAUCGAUCGAACUCAAGGGCUUGGGCAUGAAAGAGACAAGAUGAAACCAAUGCAGCGGAAGGCGAGUCUCCCCUUUGAAGGUCUCGAUAAUAUGAAAGAGUACAAUGCUUUGGAGAACUCCUCAAUAUCCGCCAGAGAAUAUCAAACAUUUGAAAAGCUCUUUCGCACCGGCAUGGAGAAUGGCAGUUUCAGCGGUACCGGCUUGACGCUAGAUGAAAUUUUGGAUCAGGCAGUACAGCGCGAGAAUGCGAUGUUCGCCCCGAAGCCGGUGUCGAAGAAACCGAUUGGCGUACGAAACAAGGAGAUGGGGCCUGCAAUAGGGCCUGCGGCUAAUGAAGUUGAGGUGCGCCUUGUGGUGACCGAGUCGAUAAAACAAAAGGCGAAGGAAUUGCGGAAGUAUCGUGACGCGAUCGAUAAAAUACAAACCGACGCCGCGCUGUGGCAAUUCCUACAGGAGGAUGUCUUCGCCAAAGUCAAGGCACUUCGUCUAAAUGAUCCUCUCGCCAACGCGAAUCGUGAUCGAGCGCAAGCGGACAAGAAGAAAGCGGCUUAUCUGAAGGCACCAGAGCCGGCUGUCCAUCGGAAGCUGACCGCACCACCAACUCCUCUACCCAUCGAAGAAGCCGAUAUUCACAAGUGGUCAACCAACUUUCCACUGAUCAUCAACUACGUUAUGAAGACAUUUGAGCAAGACUUUCCGGGCUCUCCGUUUGCUGCGUUGGUUUUGCCUGCUCUCAAGGGUUUGGGACCCUCGGAGUUUACAUUUGGAUCAUCAACCUCGCUAUUCAAUUCGCACAUAAACAUCAUGUUCCGUAAAGGCGACCUUGACGGCAUCAUGCGUCAAUUGGAGGAGAUGGAUCGCGCAGUCCAUCCGUUCGACGAAAACACGUUCAAGUUGUUGAACACCAUACUCCGCCACAGCCAGAGAGCUACGCGAGGAGAUUUUGGCCCCGGGCAGAAACUUCUCUGGGCUAUGGAACACAAAACGCGCACCGUCAAGGGUAUCUAUGAUUGGGCGAAUCGCGUUCGUGAACAACUGCACGAAGAUGCGCUGCGACGUGCCCGCGAGAAGGAAGCGGCUGCUUUCUCCGAAGGUCUUCUUGACGACCUACCUGACGGGCCUCGUGUCGUCGCUGCUGACACCUUGUCAUAUGUCGAUGAGGGUCCCCUUCCAUAUGUUGAACGUAGAAGUUAAUGUAUCUGCGGGCCCACCGAGGUGUGGUUGACAAACGAGAUGUGUGCGGGUGGGAGAAGGGGCGCGUUGAAGCUGCAGUA